AUGUUUUAACCCUCUUCCCUUGGAAUGGAUUCAGAUGGUAUCCAUGAAAUGGUAUACAACAGUAUCAUGAAAUGUGAUAAUGAUAUCCUUAAGGAUGUGUACGCCAACAGAGUAUUAGCUGGCGGUUCAACAAUGUACUCAAGUAUAAACGACCGUAUGCAGAAAGAAAUUAAAGAUUUAGCUCCUUCAACAAUGAAGAUUAAGAUUAUUGCUCCAUCUGCGAGGAAAUACUCCGUCUGGAUAGGUGGUUCUAUCCUUGCCUCUCUUUCCACCCCCAAAAAGAUGUGGAGCAGCAGGAAAGAAUAUGACGAAUCGUGUCCCUCCAUUGUGUAUAGAAAGUGCUUCUAG